AUGGCUAGCAAAAUCCGGAACUAUUACAAACGGAAAGCUGGUAAAGAAGCAGAUCCGGAAUAUGAAUUUGGUGAGACAGCAUUCACACAUACUCUACCGUUUUUGGGUUCAUUAACGCCCGGUCAAGGUCUGCAAUCGCUGGAAAACAACCUCUAUCGAGCACCAAUCUAUAAGCAUGAGCCGAAUCGAACGGAUUACCUUCUGAUUCGAACGAAACAAGGAUUCUUCAUUCGACGUUGUCCAACGCUGUUUUUGGUGGGACAAGAAUGCCCACUGUACGAAGUGCCGAGUCCAAACUCGAAACGAGCCACGGUGUUUGUUCGCGAUUUCCUGCUUGCGUAUAUUUAUCGACUGUUUUGGGCCAGUGAUCAAACUCCGAGAAGACUGAAAAUGGAAGAUAUCAAAGCGGCAUUCCCGCAUUACGCGGAAAGCUCCGUGCGGAAACGUUUGAAACAGUGUUCAGACUUCAAGCGGUUAGGUCAAGGGCCUGAUCAGAAUUACUGGGUAGGUGGUUUGUUGUUGGAUUAUUUUGAUGAUUGA